AUGGAAGAUUGGUUGCAUCAUAAAACAUUAUUUGUCCUCCCUCAGGCAGUGGUGCAACAGGCAGCGGCUGAAAACCGCUUCAUCCUCAUUGGUCGCCCCACCAUCCCUCGACGUCAAAACAUCCGAGCCAUCAUUGCAACAAUGCCCAGAAGUUGGGGUCUUGAAGGUCUUGUACGUGGCCGUACAAUGGAGGGACGCCGCUUUCAGUUUGUAUUCCCUUCAGAAGAAUCAAUGGAGACAGUCAUCAGAAGAGGACCAUGGUCGUAUGCAGAAAGAAUGAUCACUCUCCAGAAGUGGUCUCCUUUGAUGGAUCUGAAUCAGUUGAACAUGAUUCCAUUUUGGAUUCAAAUUCAUGGUAUCCCUUUUCAAUAUAUGAAUCGGGAAGUGAUUGUAUCCAUUGCUCGAGUACUAGGAGAGUACAUCCAAAUGGACUACAACGAAGAAAAUGGUGGCAGGAUGGAGUUUGUGCGAGUGCGUCUGAACUGGAACAUCAACACUCCUCUGCAUUUCCAACGCAACUUUCAGUUCACACCAGGCGUCAACACACUGCUCAAGUUGACCUAUGAACGACUAAGGGGUUUCUGUGAGACCUGUGGGCUGUUAACCCAUGAUUCUGGCCGCUGUUUGAUUCAAAACGGAGGCCCAGGAGAAGAUCCUGAUGAGGAUAAUGAUGAUGGCAAUGAUCAAGCACCCGAUGAUGAUGCUAUCCCACAUCAUGGCAAUGUUGGUGUCCUCAUUGAAGAGAUACCUGAUGAAGAUGCUAUCAUUGAAGAUCAAGGAGAUGCUAACCCGGGUGAACCUGUUUUGCAAGAAGAAGCGAUGCCAGUGCAACAAGAUGAAGAAGUUGUUGAUGAGCAGAUACGUUUCAUGGGAGAGACAACUGAAGACGUCUUCUGGAAUGGAGCAGCUAUGCACACAAUGUAUUCUGAUGAACUGAAUACAGAGGAGAUGUUUGCAAACCAGCCUUUUGCGACAAGAAAUGAUGGUCAACAAUUGCUGAAGCGUAAGGCCUGGAUGCAGGAAACUGCAGACAACACUGGUAAAUUUACUAAUAUGAUCAGAGGAGAACAGAGUCGUCAGUCUGAUGGAAAGAGAAAGAAAGAGAUCACACCAGAAGCAGAGAGGGAGGAGGACACUGAUGCAGAAACGUCCAACAUAAGGAGAGGCGCGGUGGGCCCUGAACCACCUCUGCCCCCAUGA